AUGAAUAUUGAUACCGAACGUGUGAUUGCCGAGGUGCGCCUACGUCCUGCAUUGUGGGAUUUAUCUAAUGAACUUUACAAAGAUCGCGAUGCCAGAGCAAAAUUUUGGUUACAAGUUUUUGAAGCACUGUUUCCGGAUUACAAUAAUGAGGGCGAUGAUAAAAAAAAGGAGAUCAAAAAAAUUGUGCAGCAACGAUGGAAAACUGCAAGAGAUGCAUAUAUGCGUUGCAAAAAUGUCUUAAAAAAUACUCCCUCAGGAUCAGGAGGAAGUAAAAAAAAGGUGUACAUAUAUUUUGAAGAUAUGAAAUUUCUUGAUAAGAAACACCAAGCUGAAGUUGAGGACUCUAUCGAAAGUAAUCAGGCUACACCGAGCGCAAUUAAUCAGGAUAUCCCACGCAUAUCUAAUCAAGACGUGCCAAGUAUGUCCAGUCAGGACAUACCAAGGAGCACAGGACUUGAAGUAAAUACAGAAUUACAGAAAAGUGUUGCUCAAGAAAAUUCUACAGAAUCUAAUUUUCGUAAUAAACAUUCUAAUAAAAAUCAGUGA